AAAAGACAACACUGUCAUUCACAAUAAUAAUUUUUAUUGCAUUCAAAGAAACAAGUAAGGAAUUUUUAGAAAGAAUUUGCUGUGCACGUCAAAGAUGGAGUUUCCACCAUGUCCGAACUCUUUGAAGUCCAUCCAGCAUUUCCUGAAGCUGGCCCAAGAACAUGAUUCGCGCGACGUUGUCAUAGCCUACUGGGCAAGACUCUAUGCGCUGCAAAUUGGCUUAAAGGCAUCCACACAGACCUCUGAGGAGACUCAACUGUUGUUGGCUAUUAUGGACUGGUUGGAGCAGAUGAAAAAGACGCAUGCCGACAAUGAGGCACUAACUAACGAUGUCGCUGCUCAGGCGCACAUUGAGAACUAUGCUCUUAAAUUGUUUCUUUAUGCCGACAAGCAGGAUCGUGAGGAGAACUUUGGCAAGAACGUGGUCAAGGCAUAUUAUUCCAGUGGUGUUCUCUAUGACAUAUUGCUUACUUUUGGUGAGCUGAGCGAGGAGGCACUGCACAAUCGUAAAUACGCCAAGUACAAGGCUGCUUACAUUCACAACUGUUUGAAGAAUGGCGAGACACCUAUACCCGGACCGUUCCCAGACGAUGAAUCUGCAGAACUAACAGGCGAAAGUCCAGCUGGAGUCAGCGAUGAAGCCGCUUCCAAUGUAACACCCCCCGAAGAGCCAGCUGCUGACUCGCAGUCGGACAAUGUCGAGCCUUCUCCGCCAGCUCCACAAGUUACACCACCCACAGCCGAGGAGGUGCUGAAUAAUCCGAACAAAUUGCCUAGUCCCCCAGUUGAAGAGGAGAAACCAGGUGGCUUUGAACCUUAUGUGCCCACAGCACAGCCGAAUGCCGCAAUCUACCAGCCGAUUGUGCCAGUUGCCGGUGUUCACAUAACACCCGAUCAAAUGAUAACCGCUCAGAAGUAUUGCAAGUACGCAGGCAGCGCUCUCAACUAUGAUGAUGUGAAGACAGCAAUUGAGAAUUUGCAAAAGGCAUUGAAGCUGCUCAGCACUGGCUCUGAAUAAGAUACCCUAACAAUACACAAACCACACCCACACACACACACACACACAGUUAAAGCUUGGAGCACACGCACUAUUGAAACCACAUAAUAAUCUCUCAAGCAUUUGCUGGCCAUGCUUAUUUAACGUAGAACAGAGACAAAAGCACGAGGACUGAUGUUGAAUAAUUGUUUAAAACAG